GUCAAUCAAUUGGCUCCCACAUGCCCACACUGCUGACUUUUCUCCAUGGCCGCCUUGGACCAAUCUACCCAAGCCUUCUUCUUGCUUUGGCUUUUCUCCAAAGCUCAAAACUUUCUUAUCCCCUCAAAACUUUCACACUCCCAGAAUUGAUGUUCUGUUUCAGGGUUGUAGCUGAUUUUCAGGUUUGCACAGUCUAAAAGCCAUGGGAGAAGAUGAUGUGUAUACAAAAGAUGGGAGGGUUGAACCCAUUGCAGAAGAUGAUGAUGCAUACACCAAAGAUGGGACAGUGGAUUACAAAGGAAACCCAGCUAAUAAAAAAGUCACAGGAACCUGGAAAGCCUGCCCUUUUAUCCUGGGGACUGAAUGCUGUGAAAGAUUGGCAUACUAUGGGAUGAGCUCAAAUCUCAUCACUUAUUUCAAGGGACAUCUGCACCAAAGCAGUGCUAAAGCAGCUAAGAGCAACUCAAAUUGGAGUGGAACAUGUUAUCUCACUCCCUUACUUGGAGCAUUUUUGGCUGAUGCCUAUUUGGGAAGAUAUAAGACUAUUGCCUUUUUCUCAAUCAUCUAUGUCAUUGGGAUGACACUGUUGACAUUGUCAGCAUCAAUCCCAGGCAUGAAGCCAACCUGUGUUUCAAAAGAUGAUUGCUAUGCAAACAGUGGACAAACUGCAGCAUGCUUCAUAGCUCUUUACCUUAUAGCAUUGGGGACUGGUGGAAUUAAGCCUUGUGUCUCAUCCUAUGGAGCAGACCAGUUUGAUGAUGAUGAUGAGGUUGAGAAGAAGCACAAAGGUUCUUUCUUCAACUGGUUCUAUUUUUCCAUCAAUGUCGGUGCUUUGAUUGCGAGUUCUGUGCUGGUGUGGGUUCAAAUGAACGAAGGUUGGUCAUGGGGUUUUGGCAUACCAGCAGCUGCCAUGGCAAUUGCUGUAGUGAGUUUCUUUUCGGGUACUCGGUUAUAUAGGAAUCAGAAGCCAGGUGGUAGCCCGCUGACCCGAAUAAUUCAGGUGCUGGUGGCAUCUGUGAGAAAAUACAAAGUCAUAGCACCUGAAGACAAGUCCCUUUUGUAUGAGAUCGCUGAUGCAGAGUCUGUGAUCAAAGGAAGCCGCAAGCUGGAUCACACAAAUGAAUUUAGUUUCUUUGACAAAGCAGCUGUUGAGGAACCAACAGACCAUAUAAAGGACUCGAUAGACCCUUGGAGACUUGCUACAGUUACCCAAGUGGAGGAGCUAAAGUCAAUUAUAAGGUUACUUCCUGUUUGGGCCACUGGUAUUAUCUUUGCUGCAGUCUACAAUCAGAUGAGCAACUUCUUUGUGUUGCAAGGCACCCUUAUGGAUCUUCAUGUUGGCAAGUCGUCCUUUGAAAUUCCAGCAGCCUCCCUCUCUGUUUUUGACCCCCUCAGUGUCAUUAUAUGGGUCCCAAUAUACGAUCAAUUCAUUGUCCCAUUUGCAAGGAAAUUCACAGGUCACAGGAAUGGCCUAACUACACUGCAAAGAAUGGGAAUUGGUCUCUUCAUUUCCAUCUUCUCCAUGGUAUGUGCUGCGAUUUUGGAACUCAUCAGACUCCGAAGCGUUAAAGAGAACAACUACUAUGAUUGGGAACACAUGCCCAUGUCAGUUUUCUGGCAGUCUCCUCAGUAUUUCCUCAUAGGUGCUGCAGAAGUGUUCACUUUCAUCGGACAGUUGGAUUUCUUCUAUGAUCAAGCACCGGACGCAAUGAGAAGCUUGUGUUCUGCUCUCUCACUCUCCACUGUUGCACUGGGAAACUACUUCAACUCUCUGCUGGUGACCAUUGUUACCAAUGUGACUACAAAGAACAACAAGCCAGGGUGGAUACCAGACAAUCUGAACUACGGUCACCUCGAUUAUUUCUUCUGGACGCUGGCAGUGCUGAGUGUUCUCAACCUUGGAGCUUUUCUGUUGAUUGCCCAGUGGUACACAUACAAAAAGACGGUGGGAUCUAUCCGUUGAUGGCUAAGAAGGAAAUGACUGGUCCUUACAGGCUUAUAGCUUUUACUUGGUGGUCUGAAAAUUAGAACACUUGUACAUAAUCUGUUUAAGGAGCAUUUAGCUUGUGCAUGUAUGCAAUGCUGUAAGACCGCAGUGGUAAAAUUACUCAUAUGGUGGUGUUAAACUGUUUAUUAAGCAAGAAUGUUAGAAAAGAAGCAAGUCACAAGUUUGUUUGAUCAA